AUGCGCCCCAACCUGUUGCUCCCUGUCGCCCUCCCGGCGCUGGCCGUCGCCCACGGCAGCCACGGGCAGAAACCCAUCGUCAACCAAGAUGCCACAUGGAUGGAGAAGCACAUGGCCGAGGAGCACCACAUCGACUCGUGGGACGCGGGCGCCUUCUUCGCCCUGCACGACUACAACUCGGACGGCGAGUGGCAAGGCGACGAGAUGAUGCGCACGUACGGCCUCAUGGACCCCUCCAACAAGCACCUGCCGCGGGAGAGGAAGCUCGAGCUGCUGCAGCGCCUGCUGGGGCUUCUGGACCAGGACCACGACGGCGUGGUCACGCACGCCGAGUUCACCGACUUCAUCGGCCGGGGCGGGACGCUGCCGGACCUGGGGACCGGGCCGGGCCACCACGGCGACGACGAGUACGAGUACGAGAUCCACCACUGGGAAAAGUACCACGACGAGAACACCAAGCUGGAGGACCUGACGCACCCGGAGGACAUUGAGCAUUUCAAGCACCACGACGAGAUGGAGAAGCUGCAGGAGGAGCAGGACCGGAUGGAUCAGAAGCCGGUCAUUGAGGACAACAUCCCGGCCAAGUUCAAGAGGCAAUGA